AUGAUCGCCGCUCAGCUGCUGGCCUAUUACUUCACCGAGUUAAAGGAUGACCAGGUCAAAAAGAUUGAUAAAUAUUUAUAUGCCAUGCGGCUGUCAGAUGAAACUUUGCUGGAUGUUAUGGGUCGCUUCAGGACUGAAAUGAAGAAUGGCCUCUCUAGGGAUUUUAACCCAACGGCCAGUGUAAAGAUGCUGCCUACCUUUGUAAGAUCUAUUCCUGAUGGCUCAGAGAAAGGAGAUUUCAUUGCUCUGGAUCUUGGUGGGUCUUUCUUCCGAAUUUUGAGAGUGAAAGUCUCGCGUGAGAAAAAGCAGAUGGUGCAAAUGGAAACGGAGAUUUAUGAAACGCCUGAAGAUAUUAUGCACGGCAGUGGAACACGGCUUUUUGAUCAUGUUGCUGAAUGCCUGGGAGACUUUAUGGAGAAACAAGAAAUUAAGGACAAGAAAUUACCUGUUGGGUUCACAUUUUCAUUCCCAUGUAGGCAAUCUAAACUAGAUGAGGGUGUUCUGAUUACCUGGACAAAACGUUUCAAAGCAAGUGGUGUUGAAGGAGCUGAUGUAGUGAACCUCUUAAACAAAGCCAUUAAGAAACGUGGGGAUUAUGAUGCGGACAUCAUGGCAGUGGUUAAUGACACUGUUGGGACAAUGAUGACCUGCGGAUUUGAUGACCAGCGUUGCGAAGUUGGCUUAAUUAUCGGUACUGGUACAAAUGCCUGUUAUAUGGAGGAAAUGAGGCAUAUUGAUCUGGUGGAAGGGGAUGAAGGCCGCAUGUGCAUCAACACAGAAUGGGGUGCAUUUGGAGAUGAUGGUUCAUUAGAAGACAUCCGGACUGAAUUUGACAGAGAGAUUGAUCGAGGUUCCCUUAAUCCCGGGAAGCAACUAUUUGAGAAGAUGGUCAGUGGAAUGUACAUGGGUGAACUUGUCAGGCUAAUCCUUGUCAAAAUGGCCAAAGAAGGUCUCCUUUUUGAGGGGCAAAUCACUCCUGAACUUUUGACCAAAGGGAAAUUGGAAACUAAGGAUGUUUCUGCCAUAGAGAAGAGCAAGGAAGGUUUGCAUAAAGCCAAAGACAUACUGACACGUCUUGGGGUCGAGCCCUCCCACGAGGACUGCAUCGCUGUCCAGCAUGUGUGCACCAUUGUGUCGUUCCGCUCUGCGAACUUGGUGGCAAGUACUCUGGGUGCUAUCCUGAAUCAGCUGCGGGACAAUAAAGGAGUUGGCCGGUUGCGCACCACGGUGGGAGUGGACGGAUCCCUUUACAAGAUGCAUCCGCAAUACGCCAGGCGCCUGCACAAAACGAUGCGACGCUUAGUGCCUGAUUCCGAUGUGCGUUUCUUGCUCUCUGAGAGUGGCAGCGGGAAGGGGGCGGCCUUCGUGACCGCAGUGGCUUAUCGGCUAGCGGAGCAGCACCGGUUGAUUGCCGAGACCCUGGCAGAAUUCAAGCUCACCAACGAACAGCUUCUUCAGGUGAAGAAGCGGAUGAGGAUUGAGAUGGAGGCCGGCCUCAAGAAGAAGUCCCAUGACCACGCCAAGGUCAAGAUGCUGCCCACCUUCGUCCGCAGCACCCCUGACGGGACAGAGAAUGGAGACUUCCUGGCUCUGGAUCUUGGUGGGACAAACUUCCGUGUUUUGCUGGUGAAGAUCCGAAGUGGUAAAAGAAGGAUGGUGGAGAUGCACAAUAAAAUAUAUUCAAUCCCUGUAGAGGUUAUGCAGGGGACGGGAGAAGAGCUGUUCGAUCACAUUGUCACCUGCAUUUCGGACUUCUUGGAUUACAUGGGAAUAAAAGGAGCUCGCCUUCCUCUGGGCUUUACCUUUUCUUUUCCCUGCAAACAGAACAGCCUAGAUUGUGGUAUCCUUUUGAAUUGGACCAAGGGUUUUAAGGCUACUGACUGCGAAGGAGAGGAUGUUGUUAGUUUGCUAAGAGAUGGAAUUAAAAGAAGAGAGGAAUUUGAACUGGACGUUGUGGCUGUAGUGAAUGAUACAGUUGGAACUAUGAUGACUUGUGCCUACGAAGAUCCAAAUUGUGAAAUAGGACUCAUUGUGGGAACUGGGAGCAACGCCUGCUACAUGGAGGAAGCCAGAAAUAUUGAAAUGGUGGAAGGAGACCAGGGCAGGAUGUGUGUGAACAUGGAAUGGGGUGCCUUUGGGGACAACGGAUGCCUAGAUGACAUCAGGACGAUCUAUGACAAAGCUGUGGAUGAGUUUUCGUUAAAUAGUGGCAAGCAAAGGUAUGAGAAGAUGAUCAGUGGAAUGUAUUUAGGGGAAAUUGUCCGUAAUAUUUUGAUUGACUUCACAAAAAGAGGAUUCCUUUUCAGAGGUCAAAUUUCGGAAACACUGAAAACUAGGGGCAUUUUUGAAACCAAGUUUCUUUCACAGAUUGAGAGCGAUAGGUUAGCGUUGCUUCAGGUCCGUACUAUUCUCCAGCAGCUUGGCCUGAACAGCACUUGCGAUGACAGUAUAAUUGUGAAGACAGUAUGUGGAGCCGUGUCGCGGAGGGCAGCUCAGCUGUGUGGCGCUGGAAUGGCUGCUGUUGUAGACAAAAUAAGGGAGAACAGAGGCUUGGAGCAUCUGGAUAUAACCGUGGGCGUAGAUGGCACGCUAUACAAACUUCAUCCACACUUUUCAAAGGUCAUGCACCAAACGGUAAAGGAGCUGGCGCCCAAAUGCAACGUGACAUUCCUGCUUUCGGAAGACGGCAGCGGCAAAGGAGCCGCCCUCAUCACUGCGGUGGGAUGCCGACUGCGCGACGCUGAGCACAACUGAACUCUGCUCAGCCCUGGGCUGCUUAUGACUUCCAAGCACUUUCUUGACAAGCCAGCAGUUCUGUAGCCUGAACUGGCAGGGAAGAGCCCAGAACUCGCUGCUUGGUGGAAGGGUUGGGGUUUAAGGAGAAAAAAAAAGAAAGAGUAAAAUAAAAAUAGAAUGCUGAUUAAGUAUGCUGUUGCUGAUAAUAUCUUCCACUUUGGGUCCCUCUGUCUGCAUGUGUCUUUUUCUGCCCUAUUUAGUACAUUCCCCAUCUGUAGAUCAUGGAAAAAAAAAAUGGAUAAUUUAAGCAAAAUGUCAGAAACUAAUUUAUGAUUUGAGGUUCUAAAAUUACAGCCAAAAAAUUGACGUGAGCGAGAGCAGGCGGUGGUCCCAUGUCAAGUGUAUUCUUUGCAGCUGCUACUAUGUCCACAUUAAAUAAAUAUACCACCAACCGUGCUGAAUAUGAGGCAAAUGCUUAUGCAGAGGGAAGUUAGCAAUUCCCACCUGAACUUUUCACCUAGUAUUGUUUUAUUCCCUCAUCUUGAAGUUUACACUGCACUCUGGUGGCAUUUGAAUCUUCUGCACUUAAGACUCCCUUUAAUGACCUGAAUGUUCUUCUGUUUGCACUGAACCAAAGGAGGUGCAGAUCAAUUAAUGAGUCAACCAAUAUCUCUUCCCCUACUUGUCAAUUAUCGCUGCCAUUUCUUUUGGCUUUGGUAAUCAGUGUCAAAAUUCCAAGCACCGUUUCAAAAGGCAAGUUUUUACGAAUACCAUCCAAUGCCCUAAGGCGAUUCAGAUCUCCAGUUUUGAGAAAUACUUUUUGCCUUUAUAUUAGCUUUGCUAUUUUCCGGGUUUCUCCUUUCCCCCGCCCCCUUUAAUAAAAGAGUUUGGAAUUCCCUUGUUAUCUUACGUCCUGCUGAGAGCCAUUUCCAAUUUACUAAGGUCGUGAAUUCUGGGGGAAAACUUGCAUGGGAGACUAUAAUGGGUUGGGGGGCAGAGACUUGAGUUUCUGUCGGAUCCGUAUCACAGAUGCACAUCCAGAAGAACCAAAUCGGUGUAAGGGGUACAGUAUUCCCAUCCAACAACCAAAGCUAUAGGAAUCUGCAGAACUGAAGCCUCAUCUUUUUGCAUAUACUUGUAUAUUGAGGCAGGGCUCUGUGUAGUCCCGUCUAUCAUCUUCACUUUUUAAAAAACAAAAUCCCUCUCCUGAACAAUCCUAUCCAGCCUUUGCUCUAGAGCAGAGCAGUAUUUCUCAACCUCAGUAACUUUAAUGCCUCAGCUUGGUUGGCUGAGGAAUUCUGGGAGCUGAAGUUCACACACCUUAAAAGUUUCCAGGUUGAGAAACAUUGCUCUACCGGGGACGACAGACCUGGCCUCCAUUUUGAUUUUCUCUUACAGCCUAGGGCGUCUGAUAAAUUAUUCUAAAAAUUGGAGGAAACUCAAUAGGUAGGAAUGGCUUCCUACUUUGGAUGUUUCUGUAGGACAUUUACACAAUUACAAAGCAUUAAAAUAGUCUUGACUUUGCUAUAGCCAAAGAAUCGGAGGGGAAAAUAUGAUACGCUGUACCUUCUGUGGUGAUUACGGUAGAAUUCCUAGUGAAAUCGCAUUGGUUUUUAUGGAGUUGAAUUGCACCAAUUAUACUUCUGAAAAUGUACACUUGGAGAUAGGUAGGCAUGUGGGGAAUUAGUACGCUAAAAAUUCUUGGAGCAUUAUUCUAUGGUUGGAUUUGGUGAUGCGAUUUACCAAGAUACUUGAAAAAUACUAUUACAGGUAGCACCAGUGAAGAUAAUGUGCAAACAAACCAUGGAUAUCCCAAGUUACAAGAUCUCUCAGUUUGAUCUAGACUUGAAAUUUAAACUAGAGCAUGAUUAUAGAGACUGAAGUCUGUUCUUUCGUUAAUAAUCACCCAAGUAGCAAAGGGGUCAGCUGGGCUUUUUAAAGACUCUCCAGCUAUCUCCAUUCCAAUAAAUGAUAUUGAUCACAUCAUUGGCAACAAGAAACAGCAAAACGAAAAUAAAGCAAAGCAAGCUUAGUAUUAUUACUCUGAAUCUCAAAAUCCGGAUUGCCCUCUCUCUUAAUAAGCAUUUUCAGUACGCAUUUUGGUGCAUUGUGAUCGAAUGUUGUGGUAAAAUGAGUCUCGCCUAGUAUUGCAGCUUUUAGUGUGUGCGCGUGUGUACGUCUUCCUGAAGGAUCGCAUGAUUCCCGUGGUUUUCCUAUGCUGGAAAGUCUUUUUAUAUUGCCUACUAGUAGUGAUGAUACUACAUAGUGCAAAGUGGAUAUUUGUGACAUAAUUAAACUUUAUUUUGAAGUGUGUUUAUUGGUGUCCGUUGAUUCUUUCUGACAAGAAUGAAAGAGGUAUUUAUGUUGUAAAAAUGCAAGAGAAACCAAGGAGGAAUAAUUUUCUUCAAAUUUUUAGACUAGAGCCUUCCUGAAGAAUUCAGAAAUCUAGCCAAUUUUGAGUUUUGAUAAACAUGUUUAGAAGAACUCUCUAUAUUUCAGAUCCUGAACAUGUGGGUUUCAAAACUCAAGUGUUCUUGUUAAGUCAGCAAACCUGCCUGGGGCUUAAUCUUCAUGGAUCCCAGAGUGAAUUUUGACACGCAGAUAUGUCCUUCCAGGAUUAAACUUUGGGUAUGAAUUUAAGGUUAGCUGAUUUUUAUAUAGUUGUUACAGUUUGCAGCUUCAGUGUUGAAGAAA